AUGGCAUCCACUCAGACCGACUCUCACAUCGUCCGACCACAAGGUGUGCACACGCAUACCGUCAUAAUGCUCCAUGGCCGGGACAGCGAGGCAGCAGAAUUUGCCGACGAGUUCUUUGAGAGCCAGGCCUCUGACGAACGUACGCUUCCGCAAAUCUUCCCAGGCUUCAAAUGGGUGUUUCCUUCAUCCGGCACCUGCUUGUCGGAACGAUUCGAUGUCCAGAUGUCCCAGUGGUUCGACAUGUGGGCUACCGAGAACCCGAAUGAAAAAGAGGAUGAGUUCUCAAAGGAGGGUUUCGAUAUCGCCGUCCCAAAAAUCCUCAGUAUCCUGGAAGAAGAAGCAAAAAUCAUCUCACCUCACAACAUUUUCCUUGGAGGCAUCAGUCAGGGUGGUGCCGUCGCUAUCCACACUCUGCUUCGUAGCGAACCACCCAUUGCCGGGUUUCUUGGAUUCUGUACGUGGCUGCCUUUCCAAGCCGAGGCGCUCAAGUUACUACAACAUAAACAGCAAGCAUUCAAGACACCGAUGUUUCUUGCUCAUGCUGAGGACGAUGAAGUCAUUGCUAUCACCAACGGCGUGAAACUCUGCCACACCCUACAGACCAGUGGACUGUCUGUGAGCUUGAGAAGAUAUGAAGAGGGAGGUCACUGGUUCAACGAACCUCAGGGCAUUGAUGACAUGGUCAAAUUCAUCCGGCAAUGUAUGUAG